UCCGGAAGUGCAUCACGACCGACUUCCGGCGAGGAAGUUCUCUCAUUGCAGUGUGCCUCCGUCGCGCACAGGUUCUUUUCACGGUUCCGGAGUCUUCUUUGCCCGCCGCCGCCGCGAUGGUGAAGCCGAAGUUCAAAGGCCGGGCGACCAUCAACCCUUCCCGGUCCAGCACCAACCCCGAUCGGCCGGCUGGCUCAGGAGGCCACAACAUGCGGGACCGGGCCACUAUCAGGCGCCUGAAUAUGUACCGGCAGAAGGAGCGCAGAAACAACCGUGGGCAACUGAUCCGUCCACUGCAGUUCCAGUCCACAGUAGCACCAGGCACAGUGGCCCGAGUGGAGCCCAACAUCAAAUGGUUUGGAAACACGCGUGUGAUCAAGCAGUCCUCUCUGCAGAAGUUCCAGGAGGAGAUGGGGUCAGUGAUGAAGGACCCCUACAGAGUGGUCAUGAAACAGAGCAAGCUUCCCCUUUCCCUCCUCCACGACCGGAUCAAGCCACACAAUUCCAAAGUCCACAUUCUCGACACCGAAACAUAUGAAACGACGUUUGGCCCCAAAUCACAAAGGAAGCGGCCCAAUCUUUCAGUGAGCGAUGUUCAGUCUCUGGUAGAAAACGCAGAGGCUGAGGCCAGCAACUAUGACUGUGAGAAGGACCGGGAUCUGGUGACGGAGGACACGGGAGUGCGGGAUGAGGUGCAGGAGGAGAUCUACAAGAAGGGGCAGUCCAAGCGGAUCUGGGGAGAACUCUAUAAGGUGAUUGAUUCCUCUGAUGUUGUUGUGCAAGUGCUGGAUGCCAGAGACCCAGUGGGGACCCGAUCCCCGCAUGUGGAGGCCUAUCUGAAGAAGGAGAAGCACUGGAAGCACCUCAUUUUCGUCUUGAACAAAUGUGACCUGGUGCCUGCUUGGGCCACGAAACGCUGGGUGGCCAUCCUCUCUCAGGAAUACCCGACCUUGGCUUUUCAUGCCAGCCUCACCAACCCCUUUGGAAAAGGAGCCUUCAUCCAGCUCUUGAGGCAGUUUGGAAAGCUGCAUGUGGACAAGAAGCAGAUCAGCGUGGGUUUCAUUGGCUACCCCAACGUGGGGAAGAGCUCCGUCAUCAAUACACUCCGCUCCAAGAAGGUCUGCAAUGUGGCCCCCAUUGCUGGUGAAACCAAGGUAUGGCAGUACAUCACCUUGAUGCGCCGCAUAUUCCUCAUCGACUGCCCAGGCGUCGUCUAUCCCUCUGGAGACACAGAAACAGACAUCGUGCUGAAGGGGGUGGUUCAGGUAGAAAAAAUCAAGACUCCAGAAGACCACAUUGCUGCGGUGUUGGAGCGGGCCAAGGCAGAAUAUGUCAGCAGGACCUACAAGAUUGAUUUCUGGAAGAAUGCAGAGGACUUCCUGGAGAAGUUGGCCUUUCAGACGGGGAAGCUGCUCAAGGGAGGAGAGCCUGAUGUGCGUACAGUCAGCAAGAUGGUGCUGAAUGACUGGCAGAGGGGCCGGAUCCCCUACUUUGUGAAACCCCCGAACAUGGAGCCUGGGCCCCAGCCCACAGCAGCUCCCUCAGAAGUCCCUGCAGCCACCAUUCAGAGCAUCCCAUCCACGAAAGAUGAGGGGCCGACAGAAAUCCCGGCAGAAGAGGCUGGGAGUGAUGACCGCCCUGCUUCUGUGGCCACGUGGCCCUUGUCUCAGGUGCGGCAGAACUUUGGGAAGAUCAAUGUGGCACCUGAGUUCUCGCAAGAAGACCUGGUCCCUGUGGAUGCAAUGAUGGGGGAUGAGAGCGACAGUAAUCCAGAGGAGGACAUUGAGGGGGAGGAGGAAGAGCAGCUGGAGCCGCAUGGCCAGCUCAAUGGGGCAGUCACCAGGCAGGACUCCAAGGCUCUGCUGAAGUCGCUGGAUGAGAAGAUCGCCAAGUGCAAGAAGUUCCUGGAGAAGGCCAAGGCCAAGCGGUUCUCAGCCAUAAGGAUUCCCAAAGGGCUGAGCGAAAAGGUCUUCGCCAAAUCACAGCUGGAUUCCCCGACUGGAGCAGCAGAGGCAGCGGGAGGCCACCCGAGGAAAGUUGGGAAGAGGAAGAAAGAAGAGGAGGAGGAGGAGAUGGAUGCUGAUCUGGCAAAGAAACCUUGCAAGAAGCUGACUUCAAAGGAGCGGAGACGAGCGGAACGGCAGCAGCACUCCAAGAAAGUCGGAGUUCGCUAUUAUGAGACUCAUAACGUCAAGAAUAAAAACAGGAACAAGAAGAAACAGGACACGGCUGGGAAGAGAAUGAAAACAAAGAAAUAAACAUAAUCAAUAGUU